AUGCCUCCGGCCGGCGGUGGAAACAUUAAGGUGGUGGUGAGAGUUAGACCGUUCAACAGUCGAGAAAUCGACCGGGGUUCAAAAUGUAUCAUUGAAAUGAAAGAGAACCAGACGAUUCUAACCUCACCACCCGAUGCUCACACAAAAGGCCAAAAGGAUACUGGUCAGAAAGUGUUUGCAUUCGAUAGGUCGUACUGGUCUUUCGAUCGAAAAGACAGCCAUUACGCUGGACAAGAUAACCUCUUCGAUGAUCUUGGUCAACCACUUCUCGACAAUGCCUUUGAGGGUUACAACAACUGUAUUUUCGCCUAUGGACAAACCGGUUCAGGAAAGUCGUACUCCAUGAUGGGCUACGGCAAGGAAGUUGGUAUCAUCCCAAACAUUUGUCAAGACAUGUUUAGGAGAAUCUCGGCCUUGCAGGAAGACAAGAACUUGCGCUGUACUGUCGAAGUGUCUUAUCUCGAAAUCUACAACGAGCGUGUCAGGGAUCUGCUCAACCCGUCAACCAAAGGCAACCUCAAAGUGCGCGAACAUCCGUCCACCGGUCCUUAUGUCGAAGACUUGGCGAAACUGGUGGUCGGUAGCUUUCAGGAGAUUGAGCACUUGAUGGACGAGGGAAACAAGGCCAGAACAGUUGCUGCAACAAACAUGAACGAGACAUCCAGUCGAAGUCACGCCGUCUUCACCUUGAUGCUCACACAAAAGAAGUUUGACCCAGAAACCAAGAUGGAAAUGGAGAAAGUUGCAAAGAUCAGUCUGGUCGAUUUGGCUGGUUCAGAAAGAGCCACAUCGACAGGUGCAACGGGUGCCCGUCUGAAGGAAGGUGCAGAGAUCAACAGAUCAUUGUCCUCACUGGGUCGUGUCAUUUCAGCCCUAGCAGAUAUUUCAACCGGAAAGAAAAAGAAGGGAGCAGGUGGACAAGUCCCCUACAGAGACAGUGUCCUAACGUGGCUACUCAAAGAUUCGUUAGGUGGAAACAGUAUGACGGCUAUGAUUGCCGCCAUCAGUCCAGCCGACAUCAACUACGACGAAACCCUCAGUACUCUACGAUAUGCCGAUUCCGCCAAGAGAAUCAAGAACCAUGCCGUGGUCAACGAGGAUGCCAAUGCACGCAUGAUCAGAGAACUGAAAGAAGAGCUGGCGCUGCUACGGACUCAAUUAGGUGGUGGCGGCGGAUCACCUGGUGCUGUUGGAGGAGCCGGCGCUGGCGGUACCAUCACGUCUGAAGAGGUCUACCCUGAAGGUACGCCACUGGAGAAACAAUUUGUGUCAAUCACAUCCAGCGAUGGAGCGGUCAAAAAAGUCUCCAAGGCCGAGAUUGCCGAGCAGCUUAACCAGAGCGAGAAGCUGCUAUCAGAUCUAAACCAAACUUGGGAGCAAAAGUUGGCCAAGACCGAAGAAAUCCAAAAAGAGCGUGAGGCCGCCCUCGAGGAACUCGGCAUCAGCAUCGAGAAGGGCUUUAUUGGGCUUUCUACGCCGAAGAAGAUGCCCCAUUUGGUUAAUCUUUCAGACGACCCGUUACUUGCAGAAUGUUUGGUUUACAAUCUCAAGCCCGGAUUAACGACGGUUGGCAACAUGGACACGAACGCCGACAAUCAAGCUAACAUUCGCCUUAACGGGACGCGUAUCUUGCAUGAUCACUGCGCCUUCGAGAACCAGUCAGACGGCACCGUCAUGGUCAUCCCAAGUGAAGGAGCGUCUGUUAUGGUCAACGGAAAACGCAUCGAAGAGCCUAAGCAGCUGCAUUCUGGUUAUCGUGUUAUCCUAGGCGACUUCCAUAUCUUCCGUUUCAAUCAUCCUAUGGAGGCACAGAAGGAGCGGGCUGACAAAAGUCUUCUGCGUCAGUCCGUCACAGCUAGCCAACUGCAAAAUUUCGAAGGGAAAGUGCCAACUCCGGCUGCUAGCCCUCGUCCGGGACAUGAGCGCAGUUGGAGCAAGGCUGGAUCGGAAUUUGGUGAUAGCCGGCCGGACUCACCCAUCCCGUUCCGUACCGGUCGUGAUAAUGAUUGGAGUUUUGCACGUCGCGAGGCAGCUGAGGCCAUUCUCGGCACUAAUCAAAACCUGGCAAGUCUGACUGAUGAAGAGCUUAACGCUCUGUUCGAAGGCAUUCAACGAGCUCGUGCUGAGCGUGUCAAUGGUCGGGACGGAGACGAUGACACGGAAUCAGUUACUUCCUACCCAAUUCGGGAAAAGUACAUGUCAACCGGCACCAUUGACAACUUCUCAUUAGACACUGCCCUUACCAUGCCGUCGACCCCAAAGCCAGGUGAAAUUGAUGACAAGAUGAGAGAAGUACGGGAAGAGAUGCAAUCUCAGCUUGAUCGUCAAAAGGAGGAGUAUCAAGAACAACUCAAGACUGCGGAAGCCGCAAAUGUUGAGGUGGAAGAGAUCAAGAAGGAGAAGACUAGAAUGGAAGAGACGUUGAAAACUAUCAAGGAAGAUAUGCAGCAGCAGUUGGAGGUUCAACGUCGCCAAUUUGAGGAAAAGCUCGAGAAGAUGGAUCCACUCAAGAGACCGAAAGCGAACCCAAAGCUGUCAGACGAAGAAAUCGAAAUUGGCCGACAGGUCAUCAACCACUGGAAAACCAGACGCUUCGUGCGGAUGGCCGAAGCAGUACUCCAGCAUGCAUCAGCAUUAAAGGAGGCACAAAUCAUGAGUAACGAACUUGAUGAGGGAGUUGUAUUUCAGUUUACAGUCAUCGACGUCGGCCAUUCUCUGUGCUCUUCGUACGAUAUGGUUCUCAACGGCCUGACUGGUGAAGGCGACGACAUAGCGCUUGAUGAGGCUCAAAAGCCAUGUGUUGGCGUGCGCGUUAUUGACUACAAGAACAGUGUUGUUCACCUCUGGAGCUUGGAGAAACUCCACGACAGAGUCCGGCAAAUGAGACAGAUGCAUCAGUAUCUUGACCAACCAGAGUACGCUCAGCACCUCAGUCUUGACAACCCCUUUGUCGAGACUUGCAUGCCGCAGUACACUCUUGUUGGAGAAGUAGACGUGCCAUUGAAGGCAGUCUUCCAAAGUAGGGUUCAGGACUUUAACCUCGAUGUCCUCUCGCCCCAUACUUCCCAUGCAAUUGGCAUGAUCAAGCUUUCAUUGGAGCCGUCUCAUGCUAGAGCACCUUCAAAUACGCUCAAGUUUAACGUUGUUAUGCAUGAGAUGGUGGGCUUCGCCGAACGAGAGGGCACUGAGGUACACGCGCAACUGUUCAUCCCUGGCGUCUCCGAAGAAGACGGCAUUACGACCACUCAGAUGAUUAAAGACUUCGACGAAGGACCCAUCCGAUUUGAGAGUGUGCACAGCAUGAGCGUUCCACUCUUUAGCUCGCAAACGGUGACUCUCAGAGCAGCUAUCUUCGCCAAGGUCUCAGCUAUGCAUUUAGACAAGCUCUUGAGUUGGGACGAUAUGAGAGAUGCUGUGCCCUUAUCUCGAGGUAAAGGUAAAAACGCGCGGAUUGCCGAGUCCCAGUUCUAUACUGAGGAGAAACAUGAUAUGCUUGCGAGGAUACAAAUUCUAGAGCUCAAUGAAGAAGGAGAAUACGCUCCUGUGGAGGUCGCCCAGACAAGUGAGAUGGAUGGAGGCACUUUCCACCUCCAUCAAGGUCUACAACGUCGGAUUGCAAUUAACAUAACUCACAGCUCUGGCGAUGCCCUACCCUGGGACGACGCCAUGAACCUCAGAGUUGGCAAGAUUCGACUGUUGGAUCAGGCAGGAAAGUCACCCGACAUGGGUUCCUCAUCCCCAGCCAUCACCCUCAAGCUUGCCAACAAGCCUGCUUUUCGCGACAACGCAAACGGUACCCGUAGCAUCACGCUGACUGGGCAGUGGGACUCAAGCUUGCACAACUCGCUACUGCUAGACAGAGUUACAGCGGAGAAGUACCGUGUCCAGAUGACGGUGGCCUGGGAGGUCAGUUCCAGCAAAUUUGCAGAGCCAAUGAAGUUCGCAAUGAACAUCUGCUGCCAGAUCAUGUCCAGAUCUUACAUACGGCAGACAUCGAUGUUCUCCGCGCUGUGGCAGAGUGUCCGGUUUGUUCAUGCAACCAGCGCGAUUUUCACACUCUCAAUGCGUCCGGCGCCGAUCAAGAGGAUCGGCGAUCUUUGGAGGAUGAGUAGCCAGCACGAUUACGUCAAGGGGGAGGAACAGCUCACCACUUGGACUCCUCGUGGUGUAUCUCUUGUCAGUGACUUCAUCCUCUCUCGCAAGAAGAGAAGUCGCAUCGCAGAAAUAGGAGCUGUGCAGACGCUGUUGAAGAAGAUUGGUCUCCCUGAGCCAAAAUCGAAGCCAGCGGUAGAAGAACCCCAAGAAGAGGACUUGCCUCCUCAGCCAACCUUCGACCACAACGAUGACGACCUUCUGAACGACACACCAGAGAGUUCGCAAAUACCAGAGGACGAUCUAUUGAGCGGUGACGGUCAAGAAACCCCUCAGCAGGGUGAGGAGACUGUACCGCUACAGGGGCCAAACGAAGCGGAAAUGCCAGAGCGGGAAAAGCAUCUUCUUGAACGAUGCCUCAAGCUUUGGAGCAAAUAUCCUGAUCCGCUCCUGCAAAUUCUAAGUCCGGCCAAUACUGACCCACCAGCGGACGGCUCUGCGCCUGAAUCUGCCCCACCGAGUCUGAUUCCUACGAUCAUCCGAGUACCUAAAAACCCAAAGGUACUGAAGGGAGGUUACCUGCUGGUUCCUAAUAGCAGCUCAACAAGAUGGGUCAAGAGAUUUGUGGAGCUCCGACGGCCAUACCUUCACAUACAUUCCGUCACGGAUGGCGAUGAAGUGGCCAUUGUGAGCCUACGGAACUCGCGCGUUGACAGCCAGCCUGGUGUGAUCGGCCUCCUAUCGGGUGAUGACGAUGAUGUGAGUUCUCAAGCCAACGGUAGCGUCGAGGAGUUCCGUCCAAGCCACCGCCGGACUGCUUCCGGGCGCGUCAUCUCAACCAUUUGGACAGGCACCGGCACAGGCGGUGCCGCGAACGGGUCCAAUGGGGGUCUACAGCGAUUGAGCGAAAGACUGCAGGCCGGCGUGUUCGCUAUCUACGGGACGGACAACACGUGGCUCUUUGCCGCACGCAGCGAGCGUGACAAGAUGGACUGGAUUUUCCGUAUCGACCAGAGCUACUUCUCGAGCAGCGAUAGCGCCAACGGCAGCGGUGCCGGCAGUCCCGACAGAUAUGACGACUCGCUCCUCAGAGGCUACUGA